GGAGGAGUACAAGGAUGUGCCGGCAACACAGGGCGCGUAUGAGUGCAUGCACGAAACUCCCUGCCAGGGCCACACAGUGGCGAUCUGGGGGUUGGGUGCUCGUCCCUACUCCUUCCCUCCCGAUGUUGGCUUUCCCAUCGGCCCCGGAUACUACACCAAGUUCGUGCUGCAGAUUCACUACACCAAUCCCGACGGCCGCUCUGACAUUGUCGACAACAGCGGAAUAUUCCUGGAAACUUCUACCCCAGGGAAGCACGAUGCGGGAAUCAUGAUGGCUGGCCCCGUCUGCUACGGGCUGCUGCUGCAGAUCCCACCUGGCCAGUGUUCCUCCCUGCUCUCAUCCCCCUCCCUCUCAUCCCUCAUCCCUGGUGCUCGCUCCUUCAACCCCUUCCUCUCCCUCCGUGCGGCCAUCACGGACGCAGGAGAGCGUCUGUCCCAGGCAAUGCACCGAGGUAGUCUGCACCAACGCAUCCCAUCAUAUCCCCACUUUUCCCGCAACUCUCUCUUCCCCCCCUCAACCAUCCUCCCCUCUCCAGCCGUCGUGUCGUGGUGGCAGGAGAACACCAAGUGGCUGUGUUCCACUUCCACUCUUACCCCAUGCAUCCCCCUCUGCUCUCCUCCUCUCUUCCCCCUCCCCCUCUCCCCCUCUCCCCCCCUCUCCCCCUCUCCCCCUCUCCCCCUCUCCCCCUCUCCCCCUCUCCCCUCUCCCCCCCCCUUCCCCUCUCCUCCACUCCCCCUCUCCCCCUCUCCCCCUCUCCCCCUCUCCCCCUCUCCCCCUCUUCUCCCCUCUCCACCUCUCCCCCUCUCCCACUCUCUUCUUUCUCCCCCUUCCACAGCCCUCGUGGACGCAGGAGAACAUCUGCCCGGGGCGGUGCACCAAGGCACCCUCGUGGACACAGGAGAACAUCUGUCCCGGGCGGUGCACCAAGGCGGUGUUCCACGCCCCAUCGCAUCCCCUCUCUCUAUUUCCACGUCCUCCCCCCUCUCCCUUCCACAGCCGUCAUGGACGCAGGAGAACAUCUGCCCGGGGCGGUGCACCAAGGCUGUGUUCUCAGGCCCUCCCUCUCAUUCCUCGUCCCUGGUGUUCGCCCAUUCAUCCCCUUCCUCUCCCAUUCAUCCCCUUCCUCUCCCAUUCAUCCCCUCCCUCUCCCAUUCAUCCCCUUCCUCUCCCAUUCAUCCCCUCCCUCUCCCAUUCAUCCCCUUCCUCUCCCAUUCAUCCCCUUCCUCUCCCAUUCAUCCCCUUCCUCUCCCAUUCAUCCCCUUCCUCUCCCAUUCAUCCCCUUCCUCGCCCAUUCAUCCCCCUCCUCUCCCCCUUCCACAGCCCUCGUGGACGCAGGAGAACAUCUGCCCGGGGCGGUGCACCAAGGCCGUGUUCAAGAACGAGUCGGUCAACAUCGUUGCGGCCGCCCUGCACCAACACGCGCUGGGCCGCCAGGACAGAGGUGCCAGCACACAGAGGUGCCAGCACACAGAGAUGUACACGGACGUGUAUCGGGAUGGUGCCAAGGUCACCACAGUCGCACGCCUCGAUUACUAUGACUUCGCAUCACAACAGAUGAUCCACGUGCAGCCGCCCUUUGAGCUGCAGCCAGGGGACGAACUCCGCACAAAGUGUGUGUGGGACUCCACCUCCCGCUCCAAUGUGACAAUGGGCGGCGAGGCGAGCAACGAGGAGAUGUGCAUCAGCUUCCUCGUCUACUACCCGGCAUAUACAGACAAGCGAGAAAUGCGUUCAUGCGUCGCCAUGUGUGCCGACCUAUCCGAGGGAAAGCUCAACCUGGACCCUACCAGCCCCAAGCUCAUGAGCUUCGCAGUCUGCGGCGCCGGCACGGACAGGGAGAGGGUGAAGCUUGGGUUUUCCAAGUGCAACAUCAGCUAUGGGGAGAGCCAGCCGCUCUCUGUGCUGCACGGCUGCCCGAGCGCCACUGCGCUUUCUCUUGCCGACAUUCCUUCAGAGAGCAUCUCAGCCCUCAUCAGCACUACCCCAGACUUGCCUGCAUCACCCACCAAUUGCACCACCAAUACCACUUCUGCCACCACCGGCACUACGACUGCCAUUACCCCUGCCACCGGCACUGACACCGGUGCUGGCCCUGGGAGCAGCAAUGCUGGGGGUGGUAAAGGCGCAGCAGCAGCAGCACUGCAUGGGUCUUUGGCUGCUCUGCUGGUAACCGUUGCUGCUGUUGCACUUGCGAUCCUACUCUAG